AUGGUCGGGAAAUCGAACCUGGAUAUCAUACACGAGUGUGACAACUUUCCAUAUCACUUAGAGAAUCCCACGGCGUACGAUUCUGCGUUCAAGGACUACUAUCAAUUCAAAGUAGAAGGAUGCCAGGUAUCUCUAGGCUAUGUGUCUGCUGAUGUUGCAACCAAACUGCCGUCCUCCAAGCAUUGGAGCCUUGAUCAAGGCAAUCGAAUACUGGCAUUCCAACCUCGGGAUGAGGAGGGACAGCAUGUGAAAGCAUUAGAAGGCCGCAACAAGAUCUUGGCGCAAUAUUUACAGAGCGUGAGAGAACAGAAAAUCUUUCGCGUGCUGGAUGGUUGGCGCAGUGAGCUGUACCCCAUCUACGGACCUGGCAAAGAGCUCAUUCUCAGCAUGGAACGCUCUGCAACCCCCCUCUUCGGCGUUGUCACAUAUGGAGUGCAUAUGACGGGCUACGUCCAGACCGAAGAAGGUAUGAAGAUCUGGGCGCCUCGCAGAGCUUUGACCAAACCGACGUAUCCUGGCAUGAUGGAUAACACCGUUGCCGGAGGGUUAAGCACGGGAGAAAAGCCUUUCGAAUGUCUGGUGAGGGAAUGUGACGAAGAAGCCUCGUUGCCGGCAGAUGUCGUACAGUCCGCCAAAGCUUGUGGUACGCUGACUUAUUUCCACGUCCGAGAUUCGAGAGCUGGCGGCGAAAUAGGCCUGUGUCAACCUGAAUGCCAGUACAUCUAUGACCUCGAGCUUCCAUCGAAUGUCAUCCCGAAGCCUGGCGACGAUGAAGCCAUCGACUUCCAGCUUCUGACAAUAAAAGAGGUCAAGGAUGCGAUGGCCGAGGGCAAGUUCAAACCAAACUGCGCUCAAGUGCUGGUGGAGUUUUUUGUGAGGCACGGAAUACUGACUCCAGAGAACGAGCCUGAUUAUAUCGAGAUCGUGUCCAGGUGUCACAGGAAGCUAGGGUUUCCGACACCAUGAUAUCGGCACCAGGCAUUUGCAACCACCAUUUUCUUUGAAUAGGAAAUGCUGGACCUGGGCCCCAGACAGAUUGUUUGUGGCUUUAUUUCUUGAUGAGCAGAUAGACAUAGUCGAUUCUUAACGCGUUGAGCAAGGCGUAGGGACCGUCCAUGUAGAGAAGGAGGCCACCAAAAG